GUGACGAGAUUCAUAUCAGAUCACAGGUAAAAACAGACUCGUACUGCACAUGAACACAUCGGGCAGGAAUCUAUCAUCUUCAGCUCAGAACCUUUAAAUCACACUGGGAUUAAAUUCAGCAGAUACCUGAGGUGAGAGGAUGGCGACUUUGAGGAAACAAUACGCUGUGGACCGACCUCUUUACUCUGAGGACACCUUUGCUGAAGAUCACAACAAAGUCGUCAGACAGCGUAAAACUCCCCUGGACCAUAUGAAAGAGUAUCUGACUUGUGAUUCAAAACGUGUCAAGAAUGUGGGUCUCUCUCUUCUGCCCAUCAUUGGCUGGAUGAGGAUCUACAGAGUUAGAGAGUGGCUGCUGGGAGAUGUGGUCUCUGGGAUUAGCACUGGAAUGGUGGCCAUCAUGCAAGGAUUGGCCUUCUCUCUACUGGCCUCGCUUCCUCCGAGCUAUGGCCUCUACACAGCUUUCUUCCCUGUGCUAACAUACUUCUUCCUGGGUACUUCAAGACACAUAUCUGUAGGAUCCUUCCCAGUCCUGAGCCUGAUGGUAGGAGAUGUUGUGACCCGCCUCGUCCCAGAGGAUGGACCAGCGGCCAACAUCACUGGCUUCUACAAUUUGACCAUGGACCAGCAGAGAGUCAUUGUGGCCUCCUCUGUCACCUUUCUCAUGGGGAUUUUCCAGCUUGCCAUGGGUCUUCUUCAGGUGGGCUUUAUUGUUGUGUACCUGUCCGACACUCUGGUCUCUGGCUUCACCACAGCAGCUGCCGUCCACAUCCUGGUGUCCCAGCUCAAGUUUGUGUUGGGUCUACAUGUUCCCGGCAUCAGUGGUCCACUCGCCCUCAUUUAUACGCUGGAGGAGAUCUUUGUCCAGAUCACCUCCACCAACAUCUGUGACCUGGUGAUGUCCAUUGUGAUCAUGGUGGUGGUGUUCAUUGUGAAGGAGCUGAACGACAGAUACAAAGCCAAGCUGCCUGUUCCAAUUCCCAUAGAGGUUAUCGUGACGAUCAUUGCUUGUGGCGUGUCCUAUGGCUUCAACUUCGAGAAGACAUUUGAUGUCGCAAUUGUUGGCAAAAUGGUCAGCGGGUAUGAGUCUCCCAUAGCGCCCAACAUAGAAGUCUUCAAGGAGAGCGCUGUGGAGGCUUUUCCUGCAGCCAUCGUGGGGUUUGCUGUUGCCUUUUCUGUGGCCAAAGUGUACUCCAUUAAACAUGAUUACACCAUUGAUGGGAACCAGGAGCUCAUUGCAUUCGGGGUUAGCAACAUAUUUGGUGCGAGCUUCAGGUCGUUUGCUGCCAGCACUGCCCUCUCCAGGACGGCGGUGCAGGAGAGCUCCGGAGGGAGAACACAGGUUGCAGGGCUGAUCUCAGCCUUGAUGGCGAUGAUUGUAACUCUGGCGCUUGGCUUCCUGCUGGAGCCGCUCCCCAGGGCUGUCCUUGGAGCCCUGGUCAUCGUGAACCUGAAGGGCAUGCUGAUGCAGUUCAGAGAGAUCCUAUACCUGUGGAGGAGGGACAAAAUUGAAUGUGUGGUGUGGGUGGUAACUUGUUUGGCUGCCAUCCUUCUGGGACUGGAUCUCGGCCUGGCGGUAGGCUUAGGGAUCGAGCUGCUCACUGUCGUCUUCAGGACUCAAUUCCCCCGCUGUUCUGUCCUGGCCAACAUCUCAGGGACUGACCUCUAUAGAGAUCGCAAAGAUUACACACAAAUAUUCGAACCACAGGGAGUGAAAAUCUUCAGGAUACCUUCGCCUAUCUUCUUCGCCAACAUUGACUUCUUCAAAGACAAACUGAUAGAAGCUGUUGGGUUUAAACCUUUGAAAGUUUUACGGAAAAGAAACAAGGCUCUCAGGAAAAUCAAGGCCCUGCAGCAGAAAGGGGAUGUAAACCUUACAGAGAAAGGAUUGAGGGACUUAUUCUCCCAGACGACCGACAAGUCUCAUACUAACAUGGAGGAGAUGGAUUUGCCCUCUGACCUCAAAGAUCUUCCUUCGAAAAUCUGCUGGAACGCAGAGCUGCCUGCAAGCAUCAGCGUGCCCAGAGUGGAUGUCCACAGUGUGAUCCUGGACUUCUCUGCCGUCUCCUUUAUGGACAUCUCGGCUAUGAAGGGACUCAAAGCGGCGCUCAGAGAGUUCAUCCAUAUUGAUGUCAAUGUUUACGUUGCCUCUUGUGACCCGUACAUCCUGGAGACACUACACAGCUGUAUGUUCUUUGAUGACGAGAUUCAGACCUCCUUGUUCUUCCCGACCGUUCAUGACGCCAUGCUGCAUGUGCUUGAAAACCACAAGACAGACAUCAGAAAAGGCAACGUGGUAAAAGAUACACGUCUUUAAACCAUCGACAGCCUCCAGGAAGAAACACCCUGAAAAUACAAGUCAACAAGACCUCAUACAUGUGAUGUUUGAUAUUCUGUAAGGUUAUAGCCUCGUGUUCUUACCAACAAAACAAUAUUUUGUACAUUUAUUCAGAGUUUAAAAAAAGUUUUUUGCAUCGUGAUUUUUUUAAAUAAAUGACUGAAUCUUUGUUUUUCCUGUUAUGCUCUACUGUCGUGUCCUUUUUCCAAACUGUUUUUGAUAAAUGCAAUGUAUAAGAUGUAAUAAAAUACAAAACAAAAUGUG